UAAAAGGAAAGUCUUGUAAACGGUCUUUUCCCCCCCCGGGUAUAUUUAGCCUGACAGUGUAAGCGGUCGAUCUGCAGCAGACAUGUCUGCCUCUGUGAAACCGUUGAAGUCGUUUCUUAUUCAAGACAUCUUGUCCAGCAACGAAAGCGGUCGUGUGAGGGUGAAAACCUGCGGGUUUGGCCCCCGCAACGAGCAGGACCGGCGGGAUGAUGGUCACUCGGGGGCGGUCCCGGUGCAGCCAGAGGACACGUGGAUUUCGUGGUCCGAAGGUGAGACCCGACCAAGGUCGGCGGUGCCUACCACCGGUGCCAGGGGAAAAGAGGAGAGAUGCACGGCCACCUCCCUAGACCUGACCAGAGUGUCCGCUGGAAACGUGGACUCCGCGGGCAAACAGAAGCGCUCUCGCGCUGCCUUCACGCACCUGCAGGUGCUCGAGCUGGAGAAGAAGUUCAGCAUGCAGAAGUACCUGUCGGCCCCCGAGAGAGCCCGCCUGGCCAGCAGCCUGCGGCUCACCGAGACUCAGGUCAAGAUCUGGUUUCAAAACAGAAGGUACAAAACGAAACGGAAGCAGCUGGCAUCGGAGUAUGUGAAGGAGAUCUUCCACAAGUCUGAGGGACUACCUUGUCUAGGCACCGAGGAGGACUUGAUAAGGGCGUCCUUCUUUGCCGCCAUGUACAAGACCUACCAGUAUCGACCUUACUUCUACAGCUUGCAUGGACUCGGAGUAUGGAAAUCCACAUUAUGGUGAAUGGAACGAGUAAUGGACAGCAAAUCAUAUGACACUAACGACCGGUUUGGAGUGUGUAUGCAAAUAUAUGCGAAAAAUGAU